GCCGAGAGGCAUCGGGGUAUUAAAGGCUUUAGCUUUAGAAGUUUGCCAAAGCACACAUAACCAGUAGGAAAAGCAUGUGACCUAGAUGUGUAGGUUAAAAUUCUGCAUCCUCAGGAAUGGUUUUCUGUUCUUUUGACAGAGUGCUCAAGUGUUGAAAGGUUGGCUUGGGGUAGCUUUUUGUUUUUAAAUCUGUAGAGGCAGCGAGAGGCUCUGAUGAAGAACUUCUUUCCUGCAGGCCACUGUCUUCUCUCACAGUAAAGCUACUGAGUUCCGAGUGCUGACUACAGGCAAGUGGACUGUGCAGGCAGUACCUCUUUCUAUAGGACACUAAAUUAGUCAAGUCAUUUGGUCUCAUCUCUUACCCAGUAGCUGGUAUAGCCUGCUUUCUUCAUUUUAACUUGGAUCAGUGUAAGAUUAAUUUCUCAAUGAGACAUUAGAUGCAGACAUAACCAAAUUUAUAUUAGGUGUUUUGGAACAUUCUUUCUUUGUUCUUAGAAAAAUGCCUUUAAUCCCAGAGGCAAGCUGAUGUCUGUAAAUUCCAAGCUAGCCUGGUCUACAGAGUGAGUUCCAGGACAGCCAAGAUACAUUCUCUCUCUCAUUCUCUCAUUCUGUCUCUCUGUCUGUCUGUCUGUCUGUCUCUGUCUGUCUGUCUGUCUGUCUCUCUCUCUCUCUGUCUCUCUGUGUAUGUGGGGGGGGAUUUUUCCAGGGUCACUGAGGAACCAUGAGUGUGAAUAAUUCUUCCAGUUUUCCUUUUGCCACUCAAAACAAUAUCACAAGAGAGCUCUCUGCUAAGGCUCCGAUUCUUUGUAUUGAAUUCUCUAGCUUGGUAGAAAAAGAAGCUGCCAAGCUUAACUGCCCUAAAGACACAGGCAUGUGUAGGCAUGGAGGCUUUGGAAGCUAUUGUGAGAGAGCCAUUUGAUUCUUACCAGUCCUUUGCCCAAUAAUGCUUAUACCUAGCACUGACCUGUGCUUGUUUGUGGUGCCUCUGUGUGUGUUUGUGUCUCACAUAGCUUAGGCCUUGCACGUUUCUUGAUUAAAUUCUUCUUGAUCACCUCACCCCUGCAAGUGCUGGGGUUACAGGCUUGGGCUUUAUGGAAGGGUGAAAAACUUAGUACAAGUACGAUUUCUCCGUGCAGAGCACCCCCGCCUGAGCCCAGCGUGUGCUGUGUAGAGAUGUUUAUUCCUGUUAAUCUGAAGCCCAGGGACCACAUUCAAGCACACUCAGCAUGACAGCCAGGAUUUAAGGACCAGUCUCACUGAAAGCCAGACUAAAACAUUUGGGAACAACUCCCUUCCCCCCAAACUGGUUUUAUCUUCUUAAAUGUUAUCUACCAGGUAAAAUUCCCAUCUAUGAAAUCUAUAUUAUCCAUUACCCACAUUCUGAGUACUGCCUUGAAGGAUAGGGGUAUAUAUGUCCCUUAGGAUUCAAAGCACUUGGGAGUUAGUUCCCACCUUGUGAAGUCUUGCCUGUCUGUGCCUGGCCCAUGCACCACUUCAGCAGGGUUUUUUAUUCACCUGGGUUCUAAAGUUCCACCAUAUUCUUGUUUCCUCUGUGACUUAGAGGUUCUGAGUUCUUUAUUCUGAAAUAAAUAUUGCAGGAAUAGUCUCAGAUUCAGAGAGAACAUGCUCCAUUGCUGUACACCCAGCUCGUGAGGCCAGUUGGUAACAUGGUUCACUCUGCAGCUUGCUCGCUGACGACUGCAACAGUCACCUAGUUGAUGUUCAUUGGGAGUGUCACCAGCAUCUUAAAUCUUCCAAGUCAGGGUUAAAUGCCCCAGGCAUUUUUGCUGGAAAAUUCCAGUUUCAACCCUGAGAUUCUAAGUCUAACCGCUUCAGGGAGUUCACGUUUCUUGCCUGGUCAACUUAUUUUUAAAAGUGAGCAGUCUUCCAAGUUGAGAGAUGAUUUUAAAUUUCAGAUUUUAUCAUGUGGGCAUCCUGCUGCAACUGGUUCUGCUUGGAUGGACAGCCUGAGGAGGCACCACCACCACAGGGAGCCAGGACACAAGCCUAUUCCAACCCUGGGUACAGCUCCUUCCCUUCCCCCACAGGCUCGGAACCUAGCUGCAAGGCCUGCGGGGUCCAUUUCGCAAGCACAACCCGGAAGCAGACCUGCUUGGACUGUAAGAAAAACUUCUGCAUGACUUGUUCGAGCCAAGAGGGGAAUGGGCCACGCCUCUGCCUUCUCUGCCUACGGUUCCGAGCCACGGCCUUCCAGCGGGAGGAGCUCAUGAAGAUGAAGGUGAAGGACCUGAGGGACUAUCUCAGCCUCCACGACAUCUCUACGGAAAUGUGCCGGGAGAAAGAGGAGCUGGUGUUCCUGGUGCUUGGCCAGCAGCCUGUAAUUUCUGAGGCGGACAGGACUCGUGUUCCCCACUUGCCCCAGGCCUUCCCUGAGCAGCAGGCCUUCCUGACCCAGCCUCAAACCAGCACAGUGCCUCCUACCUCACCUGGCCUCCCUUCUUCACCUGCACAAGUCACCUCUGUCCCCUUAGCCCAGGAUCAGGAAACUCAGCAGGCCGUUGGCCAUGUGUCUCAGGACCACGAGGAGCCCAUCUUCCCGGAGAGCACAGCCAGAGUACCUACUGAGGAUGAGACCCAGUCCGUUGACUCAGAGGACAGCUUCGUCCCAGGCCGGAGGGCCUCGCUGUCUGACCUGACCCACCUGGAGGACAUUGAAGGCCUGACCGUACGGCAGCUGAAGGAGAUCCUGGCUCGUAACUUUGUCAACUAUAAGGGCUGCUGCGAGAAGUGGGAGCUGAUGGAGAGGGUGACUCGGCUGUACAAGGAUCAGAAAGGACUCCAGCACCUGGUGUCUGGUAAUGAAGACCAAAACGGGGGAGCAGUGCCUUCUGGCCUGGAGGAGAACCUGUGUAAGAUUUGCAUGGACUCACCCAUUGACUGUGUUCUGCUGGAGUGUGGCCACAUGGUGACCUGUACCAAGUGUGGCAAACGCAUGAACGAAUGUCCUAUCUGCCGGCAGUAUGUGAUCAGAGCAGUGCACGUCUUCCGGUCCUGAUGGCUAGCAUUGGUUUCUUCAGUGCCUUACAGGACAUAGCCCACGAUGUCUGGGCUCAGGGUUGGUCCAAUACACAAGGGCAGUCUACUGUGAGCAACUGGCAGUGUUCUUAAGACUAGGACAAGCAGAGUUGCCUGGCAUGCUUGUUUUAGGUGGCAGAGCCCAAAACCAGUGGGAACUGGUUCACAUCACAUGGGUGAAUGCCUGCAUCUGUGAUCAUUGGAUGGUGAUGGUCAUCAAUGAAGAGGUCUUUCCAGAACGUGGACCAGUCUCUCCUGUCCUAAGAUCCAUUUCAUACAUCUGUACACCACUCCUCCUGUCAAUCAUAAGUUCUGCUAGAAAUGGUCUUUCUCCCACCCCACCCCCAGCACAUUUGGAUUUAAAUUUCUGGUCUCUCUGGCUUUCUGUGUGUUAAUGUAUCUUUUAAGUCUUCUCAUUUGCCUAAAACCCAUUUCUUUCUAUGGACCAAAAAAAUAUGUUAAUUGGGCCAAUAGUAUUCCUCAGGUCAGAGUUUGGAUCAGUAAACUGACCUCUAGUGAGAAAUUAAGUCUUAAGUGAUAUAGAAAAAAAUUCUAGGUUGAGUCACUUCUGUUUAGUAUUGGGGUUGGAAAGAACCAGUCUCUGACCUAACUGCUGGGAAGUCCUUCAGAGAUGGUGCUGUUUCUCUUUGGGUUUGACUUUGUAUCAUCCUUAACUUUGGAUUAUGAGGAAAGAGAAAUCAAGGCAGCGGCUUUGUCUUUGUCUUCUGGUCCUCAUUUUCCAGCAUGCUAAAAUACUUUAAAAUUUUUUCUCUUCCUUUGGUCUUAAAUUUGCUUACUGAAAGCAUAGGAACUUCAGCAAGGAGCUGUUCUCUAGCUUGGCUGUACAUGGAGUUCUUGGAAAGCAGACACACAGGACAGUGCAUGAGGCACUGGAUGUGUUAGACUAUGACUACGGCUGCUGAAAAGUCUUAACUGCACUCUGUUCUCAGCUGCUCGGGCAGGUCAAGACAAGCAUUCUUUAAGUCAUGAUUGCAGCCCUCCCAGGGGCUUUACACCACUGACACAGCUGAGAACAGCUCAACAAAGCACAAAAUAUACUAUCAGAAGAGCUGUGUGUUUCUCUGUGGGGUGUACGCUCAACUUGGCUAACACUACCCUUCACUGUGUAGCUAUGUGAGACUGGAAUAACCAACCACUCACUCAUGACUGACUUGGAAAAGUGGAGGGACGCCUCUUAGGGGACUAUUAGAAAUGCUUAGGCUUCUCCACUGAAUUCCUUCAGAGGAUCAAGUAGUUCCAUGAAGCUGUUGUCAGAGAUGCCAGGCCCACUUACCUCUGCAUUCGAAGUCCAGAUGACCAGAUUUUGGGUCAAAGCUUUUGUGGAUGUCAGGGAUUCAGAUCCCUCCACAAAGACUCCCUUGCCCUCCCUCCCUGAACAGUGAAUGCUGUCGUUUACAAUGUUUCCAGAUUAGCAUGCCCACUGAUUUUGCUGCUCCUGGACUCCACUGUGAAACAGGUCUGAUCUUACAGCUCAGUAAGACCUAAGAAUAACAUUAAAGCCGGCUGGCUCUCCCUCAUAACUGCUUUCUCUUCUGAGGCCUUAUCUCCCUACCUCCUGUACAGGAACAGAAAAUACACUGAUGGCUGUGGUUAGCAACCCAAGUAACAACCAGAACCCAUGCCAUUUAAUUUGGCGAUCUUACCUUUAAAUCUUUACCCUUGGUGUUCUCAUUUGGGGGGGAAAAAAACCAAAACAUGUCAAACAACUUUAUUGUUAAACCAAAUGAAAGUUGGAACCCAUUCCAGUUAACAUCUCAGGUAGAAAACCUUAAUUUUUUUUUUUUUUUUUUUUGGUUAAAUACCUGAGCCCCCUUUUUGUUCUUCACGGAUCCUUGGUCUUAAUGUUGAAACACCUAAUCUUUCCAAUUAUUCUGUGGAUUUUGCUGAUUGCACCAAGAUUUCAGUUGAGACUUAGUUUUCAAAGAUGCUGUUUCAUAGGUUGGAAAUAGCCGGUUCUAAACUAAUAAGCUGUAAAGGAAUUAAUAGUCUAUGUUGUACAAAUUUGUUGAGAUCUCUCGGAUGUAAAUGUGUAGCUCCAAGUGGCUUACAUUAAGAUUUUCUCACCUGGGUGUUAAAAGCAUACCCAAAUGUGUAUUUUUUUGUUACAGAGCUCUGCUUUAUAAUUUUGUAAUAAAGUUUAAAUACAGA